AUGACCCCUCCGGUGGUACUGGCACCUGAAAUGGUAAUUCAUCCACGUGGAAACACUUCGUCAAAUCACAUACAUAGGAAACUUCCUAUAGACCUUAUUCGAGCAGGCCAAACAGUGACGCUUCACCGCGAAUCCUAUGAAGGAGCCCAUCUCGCGAAACAAGUCCGAAAUCUCUGCACGUUACGACCUCCAAACCUAACCCCACUUCAAAGACAAGCCCUCGAAGCAUAUCGUUCAUCUACAGAUUACAAGAUUGACAGUUUCUCCAACGUUGAUAACCACACUGUGGAGAAACUCCGGCCGUUAGCACUUUAUGCUCACCUAUUUGAUGCACUCUUCUUCGCAAACUCACUCUUGCACAGCGGUCGACUUUCUGUCCAUAUAUCUGAUAGAUCUCCUGAUACAGCUGGUUUAUAUGGGUUCUUACAUGAUCAUCCAACGAAACCGGGGGAAAAGCAGAUUAUACUGUAUUUGGACGAUCAGUCUCAGGACACGCCGUUACAGCGCAUGAACCGUAUGCUCGGUACAUUAGCUCACGAGAUGACACAUGCUUUGAUCUUGAUGUAUUGUUGUGUAGAGUGUCAAAAGGACAUGAGUUUCGAAGUGAUGGGGCCAAAGUGGCAUGGGAUAGUGUGGCUUGAUAUUGCCAGUCAGGUUCAGGCUGCAAUCAGAAGUAGACGGAUGUUGGGACUUCCCGAUGUCGAGUUGGGUGUUGCGAAAGAGGUUGCUAGCGAAUCGCAUAAAGCUAAUCUCCCUGUUCCUCGCGAUAGGGAUCUACAAGCUUGGGGUGUUAGUAGAACUGAAGUAAAGAGGAGGUAUCAGGAAUACGUGGCUGCUAAACCAAAAAAGGUUGGGGUCCGUGGGAGAGCAACGAAGGCAAUGGAGUGUGUGGACAGGGGUUCCACUUAUUGUGUUACGAUCUUUAAGCCAUGGACUUGA